CAAUGACCUCGGAUUAUUUCAAAAAGACUUGACACAGUGUUGCAAUGAAUGAAAGAGGAAUUCCUAUGCUACCGCCCAGGUGGCUGAAGUGUCCACGUAUGGGAGACAUGAUAUUGGAUAUUUUUAUUCCAUUCAAGACCCCUCUGGACAAUAAAUUUGAUCAUGUCAUAGAUCCAGAAGAUAUCUUUCACGUGGAUGAUACAUUCAAAACUGCGGAACCAUACAAACUUGGUCUCAUUAUCGACCUAACUAAAUCUCGCAGAUUUUAUAAUCGACGAGAGAUAACUGACAACAAUUGUAAAUACUUGAAGAUAGAAUGUAAAGGAAACGAAGAAAGACCGACACCAGAACAAGUGAAUCUUUUCAUUCAAGUUGUUAAUCAAUUUCUCGAUAGCAAUCCUGGAAAUCAAAAAAUAGGUGUGCAUUGUACUCAUGGGUUUAACAGAACUGGAUUCAUGAUUGCUGCCUAUCUUGUGGAAGAGCUAAAUUAUGGCGUAGACAUAGCAGUUCAGAUAUUUUCCGAUGCAAGACCUCCUGGAAUUUACAAAGCAGAUUACUUAGAAGAUCUGUUCAAUCGUUAUGGAUGCAUUGAAGAUUGUCCACAAGCACCGUCACUUCCGGAAUGGUGUUUAGAGGAUGGACAGUCCAGUUCAAAUAAACUAUUGAAAAGGAGCAAUGAUGAGACACAUGCAAAUUAUAGCGACGAGGAGGCAGCUUCAUCAUCGAAGAUAUUACGUCGAAAUAGUAAUACAGAUGAAACAAUAACCUUUAAUUCUAUUCCAAGCAGAAAUUUUCCCCCACCGCCUCCAGGAAAUCCUGAUUUAAUGGAGGGUGUGUCCAAAGUUGAUGUUUUGGACCAAGAUAGCCCAGAAGCACACGAAGCACGCGACUUGGCAGACAAGUUGUGCAAAAUUGGUGGUUUUGUGUAUAUAGACGGCCAGAUGUUUCCUGCCACAGAGUCGGCAUCCGAUAAUGAACAAGACCCUAAUAAUACAGAGGAAGAUGCUCAAAAUCAUAAAACACCUAAAGUAUCUAAAAGGCCUUUGCGCUUUAAAGGUAGUCAGCCAGUUUCCAUAUCACAGAGAAAUGUGGCAGCGCUGGUCAACUGUGAUUACUGUGUAACCUACAAGGCGGAUGGGACGCGUUAUCUUUUGCUCAUAAUGGGUCCAGGUCGUGUCUAUCUUAUUGACCGUGGUAAUUUUGUUUAUAAACCAAAUGUUUUGCACUUCCCAACUGUAUCAUGGGUUCGUGAGAACGGAAAGCGUGAUCCUCUUGCAGGUUCUCAAGCCUUUUUAAGUGAUCCUGAUGGCCACUUGGUAAAUACGCUUCUGGAUGGAGAGAUGAUUCUUUGUCACGACCAAUCUAAACCUCCUAAUAUUUCCACUUCAGAAGUAUCUGGAACUCCCAGAUUCCUGAUUUACGAUAUGGUCGCCUUGAACAACAAACCAAUCGGACGACUCCCAUUUUUUGAACGUUACUCUGCAAUUGACAAACAAAUCAUAUGGCCUAGAAAUACUGGUGGUCACCUGGGACUUGUUGACUUUAGUGCACAGUCUUUUUCUGUUCGAAGGAAAGCAUUUCGGGCUCUGCAAGAUACCGAAGAGCUACUCAAACCUGCUUUUCUUCAAAGUUUGGACCAUGCAACUGAUGGUCUCAUAUUUCAACCUUGUGGUCCUGAAGAUUUUUAUAUUCUCGGAACUUGUCCUCAGACGCUGAAAUGGAAACCGCCAAAUAUGAACUCUAUCGAUUUCAGAUGCAAAGUAGAAUUUCAGCGGAAAGUUGGGGAAAUUCCCGGUUAUGUUGGUUAUCUAUUUCUUGGUGGCCUCACAGUACCGUCAGCGAAGCUUGCACACGUUAGUUCGCGUGACAAAGUAUUAGAUGGAAAAAUCGUGGAAUGUGUAUGCGUGCCAGGUGUUGGUUGGAAGGUUUUACGUGUACGCACUGAUAAGACAGAACCGAAUUAUCAUAAGUCAGGGAUCGCUAUUAUUGAAAGCAUUAUGUGUCCAGUAACGGUGGAACAACUGGUUAUGUGCAUACGACAACGUCAGAAUAAAGCAAAUCAGCAACAGGCUUCGUCGUCUCGAGGGACCUCAGCGUCACAACACAAAUGA